CUGCAAAGCGAUCCAGGUCGCAUCAGUCUUGGUAUUGCUGGUGGCAGUUGGAAGCGGAUAAAAUCUAGUUCUUGCUCUUUGGACUGUGGUUGUCAAAUACUUCACAACUUUGAGAACAUCAAAAUGCCGGUGGACCGAGACAACAUCAAAAUCUCACCAAAUCAAACAAAACAGUAUUGGGAGACCGCCAAAAGGGCAAAGUUCAACAAGCCCACCUGUCACCCGCAAGAUAUGAUCGAUAUAUUCUUACUCUCGCCCGCUCGAUUGGAUUUGGGAGAUGGUUGGCAAGUGAGCCUGCUAGAAGGCAAAGUUGAAGCUCAGAACAUUCCCUGCGACUGUAUCAGGUGGGGCCAGGAAUGCUAUUGCAAAAACUUCGAAAGUGCGGUGGACGAGCACACCUGCAGCUGGAGGCCUCGUACUUGUACACCGGGUGGUCCAACACCAAAGCAAUAUCACCGUUCGAAUAGAGAAACGUGUCUUGCGCCGCCAGGCACAGUCUGUUUGGAUGGAAAGGCGGCUCAAACAUCAGGUACAAGCCAAAGCACUCAUUUUUCGCCAGCACACAAUUCACAAGAUCAGCAAUUCCACAGAUUGGCGCAAGGAUCCUCCGAUUACCAAUCGGGCUCGUGGAUGAAUGAAUUCGGACUGCCGGCCACGGACGAAAAUUUAGUUGAAUGCCCCACCGGCUUGACCACAAAGAAUGAUGCAGAUAAUCUGCCAAACAGCCCUCCUAUGUGUCAGUCCAACACAGGAAGUGCUCCUAUGAGCUUUCUUUGAUGGCAAAGCAACUCACAAGUCCUCAAGUUCCUAAUAGACCUCUUUUCAACAAAGCUGAGACUGACACAUGCUACUGAAGUGCUCAUUGUGGAGUCCAUUCUACCUAGGUGAACUAGCUUCGAUUUUUCGACUCGAUAUAGCAUAACAAUUUGAACUGCGGUU